AUGGAGGUUCGAGCUCAAGAAGCGUGCCAAGAAGAAAAUCGAGCGGGGUACGUCCAGUGCGACGAGCGCCGCGUCGAGGAGAUGGAACGGCACGUCAAGUGCUUGCGGGAAAAGCUCUGCCGGCUGGAAAAGAUGCUCCCGUUGGACCCGGACGCAGAAGCACCUCGGCAUGUCCAGGAUACGUGUAGCGAGCCGAAAGGUCAAUAUUACGACUUUUCUUCAUUCACCGAGUAGGUGUGUGUAAAAAACUGUUGUUCAUCAGAUGGACCGAGCGCCGAGUGCCCGGUGGACGGGCUCGCCAAGAAGGAAAAGUCGCUGCGCGAGCAGAUCCACGAGAUGGAGCGUACCGAGCAGGCUUACGUCCGGCGAAUCGCCGGGAAGGGAAGGAGCCGCAAGGACGUGCAGAGGGAGAGGCUGUGCCUGCUCGAGAGCUACAGCCAAAAAUUGUGCAACAACUUGCGCAGCUUGAACGACAACCGUGCCGGUCUGACGAGGGAAGCUCAGAACUUGGCCCACGUGCUCGAGAAGACGAGGCGGAAGGACGCGUCGGCUGCACGGUCCAGUGACUGCGGGUGCAAGGUCGCCCCCAAGUGCAACAGCUGCGUCGUGUGCAGUUGCGACGAGUGGGAGCGUGACUUGGGAAUCAAAAAAGGCACAACGGGCAUUAAAGACACCCAGUGUUCCUGUCACGACUCGUGUUCGUCUUUGUCAUCGUCGUCCUCGUCCGAUUCGGAGAUAUCGUGCCAAUGUCAACGCGCGACGACCAAAGCGAAAGAAAACAUAAAAAGUUGCCCCUGCAAGUGCGACCAACUGGCAUCGCCGGACUACUCUAGCGACGACGAUCAAACGUGUUACAGCGAGAGAUCCAAGUUCACCUGUUUUUGCAGCAAAAAUCACUCGCACGAGGAUUUGUGGGACGCCAAGACAAAUGUGAAACAGAAAAAAGUCGAGAGAUGCCGAGGCGGACUGGACACCCUCGACGCGCACACGGCGGUCGUGAGUUUCAGGCACAUCACCGACGCGCAGAAAAACACGUUCCCAAACUCCCUUUCGAACGCGGUUGUCGAUAAUUUUCGGUUUUUAAAAGUCGACGAGCUUCGCGAGGGCCUGGAGCGCCUGAAAAUCCGCAAUCGCAACCUCAAGGACUUUCUGCAGAACCUGGAGAGCCCCGUGGCUCUGAUCGGCAAGUCGUCCGAGAUCGAGAGUCUCCACGCAGCCUCGAGUAGCAGCACCGUUGAUCUUGCGAAGCAGACGCGGAGUUGCCUGCUGAACGUCAUCGACGCGCUCGAGGGCCGGUGCCGGAGAAAGGACGCCGUUAUAGUUGCCCUCAGCGACGAGCUGAAAAUCAAUGGUCGCAAGAAACUCUACUUGCCGAGGAAGGAGCUGAACACCGAGAAAGCCCAAGUCUGCAAGAGUCUCAGCGAAGGAUCGGACAAGAGGAGAAGAGCCACCGGCGGGAUCUUCGCGACGAAGGAGUCGGCGAUAGGAUUCUUGAUUUUACUCGUCAUUCUCGUGUCGCACGCAAAGAGAUUCCAGGUGGCUGCGUUUUUUUCAGCCGCCAAGAAGAUCACCGCCAAAACGCUCUUGCGGCUAGUCAUAUGGGUCGGAGAGUCGGAGAAGUUGUCCACGAACUAUUUGAUUGCUAUCUACUGGAGGAUGAGACAGCUCUUCCAAGAUGUAAAACGGUUUCACUUGUCGCUCUUGGUGGAAUUCGGGUCGUUCCUCUCUCAACUGUACGAGUACGUGAAAAUGCUCGAUUGGCGACCACAUUACCUCUUGUCUGGUGUAUGCGUGGUCAUUUUGGCGAUUGUAAUUAUCAAGUUCAAGAAAAUUGUCGCCGACCACUUGAAAAUUCCAAAUUCCAAGCGGCUCGUGGACUUGCUGAUGUACGCACGCUUGAGGGUUCGGGUGAUUUUUCAAAAGGUUUCCUCUUCGAAAGUUUUUUGGCUGACCUUUGGUUUUGGCAGCCACGUGCUCUGGAGUUUUUUCAAAGACGACCUCUUUGAGUCGGCGAACGCAGUUACGUCCUUCUUCGACCCGAACGGCGUGAGCCAAGGAGCCAGCCUGAAAAACCCUUCGGAGAUCGUAGGCGUUUCAAACGAAGGGUUUUGCCAGCAACUCGCGCGGUUCGAUUACUUUUGGCUUGCUUCCGCUUUCACAGCCCAACUGAGGGGCGUUAUGAAUUUUGUGUGGCACGCGUUGGAAAAUGUGAUGAGGUAG